AUGUCACCCCACAGAAAUGGAAACCUCUCAGCAAUAACUUUGCAGGAGUUUAUCCUGGAGGGAUUUGGGGGUAGCCUGCAGACCCAGGCCCUACUCUUUGCUCUGUUCCUGGCCCUGUAUGUGGUGGCCGUCCUGGGGAACCUCAUCAUGAUCAUGGUCAUCACCCUGGAUGCCCGUCUGCACUCACCAAUGUACUUCUUCCUCAAGAACCUCUCCUUCCUGGACUUGUGUUACUCAUCUGUCAUCUACCCCAAGGCCCUGGCCAACUUCAUGUCCUCACCCAAGGUCAUCACCAUUGCAGACUGUGCCACACAGCUGUCCUUCUUCUCCCUAUUGGCUACCACUGAGGCUUUCCUCUUGGCUGUGAUGGCCUAUGACCACUUCAUGGCUGUCUGCAGCCCCCUGCACUACCCCAUCACCAUAUGCCCCUCUGCAUGUGCCCACCUGGUGCUGGGCUCCUACUGUGCAGGCUGCUUCAACUCCAUCGUGCAGACCAGCUUCACAUUCAGCCUACCGUUCUGCAGCUCCAACCACAUCGACCACUUCUUCUGUGAUGUGCCCCCCCUGCUCAAGCUUGUCUGUGCUGACACAGACCUCAAUGAACUUCUCUUGUUUGGAAUCUCUGGCCUCAUCAUCGUGGGCACCACACUCGUGGUCCUCAUCUCCUAUGGAUACAUCUCAGUGACCAUCCUGAGGAUGCGCUUAGGAGCAGGGAGACACAAGCUCUUCUCCACCCAUGUCCCCCACAUGACAGCCAUGUCCCUCUUUUAUGGGACCCUUUUUGUCAUGUAUGCCCAGCCGGGACCUGUGGAGUCCAUGGAGCAGGGCAAGGUGGUCUCUGUCUUCUACUCCCUGGUCAUCCCAAUGCUCAACCCCUUCAUCUACAGUAUGAGAAACAAGGAUGUGAAGGAUGCCCUGUGGAGACUAGGUCAGAAGCACACAGCCACGUGA